CCGUUGUUGACAUUCGAGACAGCAGGCCCCGGAGGCCCAGGCUUUCGAUGUCUCGGAAACUUGUACUUGCCGGCAGACCAUUCAAAGUGGUUAUUGGUCCCGCAAAGGUUUCUGAACGGAAAACAAAAUCUCUUACGUUUCUCGCUAAUCUUCUGACGACAAGGGCAUGGCAUGGCAUGGCAGGGGAGGAGGGGACGGUCAUUAAGUAACGUCUAUCCCUGCCUGUCUGAAUAGCCCGGCAUAGACCAGCAGAUGCACUACUCUUCAAUGUACUGCACCAUGAGUUUGCCUCCUGCUCCAGACGGGAAGGUCAAAGGUGAGCCACCACUUCGGAGCCGAGAUCGUCCUCCGGACAUCCACCAGCGUAGAAUGUCUGCCUUCCCAGAUAUCAUCCAAGCUCCUCUUCCAUAUUUUAUAUCUCUUCCCCCGCAUCCCAUGGAUCUCAACUUUGCCUGCCAUUCGCGCGGAACAUUAUGACAGAUCCCAACCAGGACAACGACAUUGAGCCGCGAGCUGCAGACCCCACCGCGGCUGUUCAGAAUCCCAACCAUGCAGAGCCUCUCGAUGAGGAUGGGGAAAAGAAGGACUACAUAGAAAUUACCACACAUAGGCCGCGCUCAAGUAUAGAUGAUUCCGACCCAGAAUACACUCCGGACGAGAAGCACCCACACAUCGACCGAACAAAAAGCUACGCUACCAAUACCAGCGCACCAGAGUCGCAUGUUGAAGACACCCCGAAGAAGAAACCAUGGUACAAAAAUAUUAAUCCCUUGAGAUGGGGCGGGAUACCUCCUGUGCCAGAGAAGCGAAUAGUUUCAAGAGAAUACACGGCUCCAUUCUUGAGCUUGGUAUACUUCCAAUGGAUUGCCCCACUUAUGGCUGUUGGCUACAAGCGACCUCUCGAGCAGAACGACAUUUACCUUGUCAACCCCAAUCGAUCAGCAGACGUUUUGACCAAGAAAUUACAAGCAUCCUUUAAGAAACGAGUGGCAAGAGGAGACAAAUAUCCAUUGCUCUGGGCAAUUCAUGAGACAUUCAAGGUUGAAUUUUGGAUUGGUGGCACCUGCCAAUUCUUCUCCAAUAUUCUACAAGUCGUUUCUCCAUUUACUCUUCGAUAUCUGAUCCAAUUCGCCACCAAUGCCUACAUUGCGCAACAGAAGGGCGAGCCAGCGCCACACAUUGGGACAGGACUUGGCCUGGUAUUCGGAAUCACAUUCAUGCAGAUGUGUCAAAGUUUGGGCACAAAUCACUUCAUCUACCGAGGGAUGCUGGUCGGUGGUCAAACAAGAGGAGUGCUUAUUUCGGUAAUUUUCGAGAAAGCGAUGAAGAUCUCUGGACGUGCCAAAGCCGGAGGUCGAGAAAUCAAGGAUGCCCCAGAGAAUGAGGAACAAUCUGUCGAUCAGACCGAGAAUGGCAAGAAGUCAAAGAAAACUAAGAAGGCUCCAGGCGUCAAGAAAGGACCAGAUGCUGGCAAAGGUAUCUCUGGCGAUGGUACAGGCUGGGCAAACGGACGAGUGGUAAACUUGAUGUCUGUUGAUACUUAUCGUAUCGAUCAAGCAUCUGGCUUGUUCCACAUGAUUUGGACUGCUCCAAUUGCCUGCAUUAUCACGUUGAUCUUGCUUCUGGUCAACUUGAGUUACAGCGCUUUGGCUGGUUUCUCACUACUUGUGGUUGGCUUGCCAGUCCUGACAAAAGCAGUGAAGAUAUUGUUCCGGAGAAGAAGAAAGAUCAACAAAGUAACGGACCAGAGAGUCAGCCUGACCCAAGAGAUCUUACAGUCUGUACGGUUCGUCAAGUUCUUUGGAUGGGAGAGUGCAUUCCUCGAGAGGUUGCAGGACAUUCGAAAUCGAGAAGUUCGCGCCAUUCAAUUUCUGUUAGCCAUCAGGAAUGCCAUCAACGCUGUUUCAAUGUCAUUGCCUAUCUUUGCAUCUAUGCUUGCAUUCAUUACUUAUCGACUGACGAGUCACAACCUGGCCCCCGCACACGUCUUCUCAUCUCUUGCAUUGUUCAAUUCUCUGCGUAUGCCAUUGAACUUGCUGCCUUUGGUCAUUGGACAAGUCACAGACGCGUGGUCCUCAGUCUAUCGUAUCCAGGAAUAUCUCAUGAGCGAAGAACAGGAAGACGAAGCCAAGUUCGACGCAGAUGCCGAAUAUGCUGUUGAGAUUCACAAUGGCGAUUUCACCUGGGAGCGCACUGCAACACAGGAUCCCGACGAGCAUAUUGCUGGCGGUAAGAAGGUGCCCGGUCUCGACAGAAAGGCUCAAAAAGAUGCCGUUAAAGCCGAGAAAAAGGCUGCGAAGGCGACGGACAACCACUCUGGAGAUGCUACUCCCGAUGACACAAGCACUUUGGUCGAGGACAGAGAACCUUUCAAGCUCCAGAACAUGAACUUUACCAUCGGUCGGAACGAGUUGGUUGCUGUAAUUGGUGGUGUCGGUUCCGGAAAGAGUAGUCUGUUGGCUGCUCUCGCCGGUGAUAUGCGAAGGACGAGGGGUGAGAUGACCAUGGGAGCUAGCAGAGCCUUCUGUCCACAGUAUGCAUGGAUCCAGAAUGCGAGUGUCAAAGAGAACAUCCUAUUCGGCAAGGAGAUGGAUAAGCCAUGGUAUAAACAAGUGAUCGAUGCAUGCGCAUUGCAGCCGGAUUUGGAGAUGCUUCCUCAAGGUGAUCUUACGGAGAUUGGAGAGCGUGGUAUUACAGUAUCUGGAGGACAGAAACAACGACUCAAUAUUGCUCGAGCAAUCUAUUUCGACGCAGAUUUAAUUCUUAUGGACGAUCCUCUUUCUGCUGUCGACGCACAUGUUGGUCGCCAUAUCUUUGAUAAUGCUAUCUUGGGACUCCUGAAAAAUAAGUCGAGAAUCCUGGCUACUCAUCAACUUUGGGUACUCAAUCGCUGCGACAGAAUUAUCUGGAUGGAAGAUGGCAAAAUCCAAGCCAUUGACACAUUUGACAAUCUAAUGCGAGACCACGCAGGCUUCCAAUUACUGAUGGAGACCACUGCUGUCGAAGAAAAGCAUGAGGAAGAGGCUCAUGUCAACGAGGAUGAAGUUGAAGAUGAGAAGAAAACACAGAAGAAAAAACGAAAGAGUGGCCAGUUGAUGCAGGCUGAGGAGAGAGCGGUCAAGAGUGUUCCAUGGUCUGUCUACACCGAUUACGUGCGAGCAUCAGGCAGUCUAUUCAAUGCCCCUCUUGUCCUACUGUUCCUUUUGGCAUCCCAAGGCGCCAACAUUGCAACUAGUCUUUGGCUAUCAUUCUGGACAGCUAAUAGAUUCGGCUAUUCUGAUGGAACAUAUAUCGGAGUAUAUGCAGCCUUGGGUGCUGCCCAAGCCUUCUUGCUCUUCUUCUUCGCCUUCUCGUUGACGAUCAUGGGUACAAAUGCCAGUAAGACGAUGCUCCAUCGAGCUAUUUAUAGAGCACUUCGAGCACCCAUGUCAUUCUUCGAUACCACACCACUUGGUCGCAUUACCAAUCGUUUCUCUCGAGAUGUCGACGUUAUGGACAAUAAUCUUUCGGAUGCGAUGAGAAUGUACUUGUUGACCUUGGCUAUGAUUUUGUCAGUCUUUGGAUUGAUCAUUGCCUACUUUCACUACUUCGCUAUCGCGCUGGGGCCGUUGUUCUUGUUAUUCCUCUUUUCAGCUUCUUACUACAGAGCAUCUGCUCGAGAGAUGAAGAGAUUCGAGUCUGUUCUUCGAUCGAACGUCUUCGCCAAAUUCAGCGAAGGACUUUCUGGGACUGCAUGCAUUCGUGCUUAUGGCCUUAAGGAUCGUUUCAUUGUGAAUAUUCGAGAAGCCAUCGAUGAGAUGAACAGUGCUUAUUAUCUGACUUUCGCAAAUCAGCGCUGGCUAUCAACUCGACUGGACAUAAUUGGUAACCUUCUGGUUUUUACAACUGGACUCCUUGUUGUCACCUCUCGAUUUAAUGUCUCACCAUCGAUUGGUGGGUUGGUUCUUAGUUAUAUCCUCUCAAUUGUCCAAAUGAUCCAGUUUACAGUCCGACAAUUGGCUGAGGUCGAAAACGGGAUGAAUGCCACAGAGCGUCUGCAUUAUUAUGGAACACAACUUGAGGAAGAAGCUCCUCUCCACACUGUCGAUAUCCGGAAAUCCUGGCCGGAAUCAGGAGAGAUCAUUUUCAAUGACGUCCAAAUGCGUUACCGUGAGGGUCUUCCUCUUGUACUCUCUGGCCUUUCGAUGCAUGUUCAAGGUGGGGAAAGAAUUGGUAUCGUGGGAAGAACCGGAGCUGGAAAGUCAUCGAUAAUGUCAGCCCUAUUCCGUCUCGUCGAGCUCUCAGGAGGGCAAAUUACUAUCGAUGGGAUGGAUAUCAGCACCAUUGGUCUCCACGAUCUCCGAUCCCGAUUGGCAAUCAUCCCGCAAGACCCAACAUUAUUCAAAGGGACCAUCCGAAGCAAUCUCGAUCCCUUCAGUGAACACACGGAUCUAGAGCUUUGGUCCGCACUUCGACAAUCAGAUCUGAUCACUGCCGAAGCAAGUCUGGAUGAUAAAUCCCCAGGCCGCAUCCACCUCGACGGCAUCGUCGAAGACGAAGGUCUCAAUUUCUCCCUCGGACAACGGCAACUCAUGGCCCUAGCCCGUGCUCUCGUCCGAGGAUCCCAAAUCAUCGUCUGCGACGAAGCCACAUCGUCCGUCGACAUGGAAACCGACGAGAAGAUUCAAAGAACCAUCGCCACUGGAUUCAAGGGGAAGACCUUACUAUGCAUCGCACACAGACUAAAGACCAUCAUCAACUACGAUCGCAUCUGCGUCAUGGACCAGGGAAGGAUUGCGGAAUUAGAUACCCCGAAAGCGUUGUAUGAGAAGGGAGGGAUUUUUAGAGGGAUGUGCGAUAGAGGUGGGAUCCGACGGGAGGAUUUCUCGGGUUAUGAGAAAGAGAUUGAGAUUUGAGGGGGUUUGCAUUUCGGGGAGUUGGUUUAAAAUUGGUGGGUCUUCAAUGAAUGAUUUGGGCGUUUUAUGGGAGCAGAAGCGGGCAUUGUAUUGAAUUCUGACUGUUUUCAUCAUGUUCAAGAAAUAAGAAAUGAAUACACAUAAUUCGAGUCAAUUAUUCACAGCUGAGAAUGGGUUAAUUGAAAUCAUGGGCUUGAAGC